AUGUGCCCCUCCCCUCUAACACCCCACCGCGGCUCUGUCGCGCUCCGUUGCGGCCCCGCCGCCGCCUCGUCGAGGUUCCAUCGUCACCUGGCCGCGGCCUCGUUGCUGCCCCGUCGCGGCCCUGUCGCGCCCGCGCCGCCGCCGCCCGCGCCUGCCGCCGUCACGCCUACCGCGCCUGUUGCCACGCCUACCACCUCCGUGCCCGCGCCUGUCGCCGCGCCUGCUGCCGCCGCGCCCGCACCUGCCGCCGCCCGCGCCUGUCGCCCGCACCUGCCGCCGCCCGCUCCUGCCGUGCCUGCCGCGCUUCGCCCACUCCCGCGCACACGCCUGCUGCCACCGCGCCCCCCUCUGUCCCUGCUGCCCGCCGCGCCUGCUACUGCUCGACGUCGCCGCGCCUGCUAUGCCGCCCGCUGUCUGCCUGCAUGCCUCUGA